AUGAAAAAAUUAUGGAUAUAUUUGGUAUUAUUGCAUAUCCUCCUUUUUAAUUUAUGUAACAAUGUAAUUAAGAAAUGUACACCAUCUUUGAACUCAUAUUUUUACAAAAGCAAUACGUUUAAAUAUAAUAAAAAAAGAAAAAAGAAUAAUUUUCAAUAUCCACAUUAUAUUUAUAAUAUAUACAACUAUGCGACCAAAAAAAAAAAUCUAUUAAAAAAUUGCACACACCAUUUUGGUAAAACAUACUCCCACAAUAAUGAUAUUUUAAAAAAAAAAAAAUAUGAACAGUUCAGAAAAUUUAAAAGCGUAAGACAAAAGCUAUUUUAUUUUAGUAACACUAUUUGCCUGAAUGGUCAUAAUAAAUACGACUUAUUAAAAAAAAAAGUAAAACGAAAAAGGGAAGAAAAUGAAAAGGACCAUUCUACUAUGCCCAUAAGUUUAUCCUUUUUUGAUGAAAACGAACAUGGCGCAGACACAAAUAAAAAAAAUGAAUCACUUUCAAAUGGCGACACAAAUUAUGACGACACAAAUGAAUCACUUUCAAAUGACGACACAAAUGGUGAAGAAAAAAAAAACUUGAAUGAAGUUAGUACCUCUUAUACAGACCAAAGAAAUGAACAAAAUUUUAGUCAAGCAAUUAAAAAAACAGAGGAAUAUAUUAAAGGUAAAGAAGAUAAUAUUAUAGAAGAAAGAGAAAUUAUUAAAAAAAAAAAAGUUAUCGAAAAUUUAAAAGCUCAAGAAAAUGUUUUUUCUGAUAAACCCCUCGAUUUAAGUAUGCAUGACAUAUUAAAACAUAUUUAUAAAAAUGAAAUAUAUAAUAGCUCGAAAGUUUUAGUAAAUAAUAUAUGUGUGUGGAUGAAAAGUGCUUAUGUGAAUUUCUUGAAAUCAAAAAGAGACGAAUUAAAAAGAGACGAAUUAAAAAAAGAACAAAAUGAAAUUGCAAGCAAUGUAACAAAAACAAUAAAUAAUUCAAAUGAAAAAAAAGUUGUAGACAAUAAUAUUUCGAAUGAUCAUGAUAACGAAAAAAAAGAUUGCUAUAAUUUUAUUUUUGAUAAAAAUGAUGAUGAAAAGUUAGGCACAUAUGUUGAAUCACUUAAAUUAUAUAAUAAGAAAAAUUUAAGCAAAUAUUUUUUUUCUUUCAAUAGAGGGAAUAUAUUAAAACAGCUAGUAACAGAAGGUGAAGAUGAUAUUUUAGAUGAAGAAAAAGAAAAAAAUGGAAUAAAUAAAAAAAAAAAUGACAUAAAAAAAGAACUAGCUAUACAAGAUAAAAACAAUACUAUAUUUGAUGACCAUGUUCAGGCAGUUUUAUCAAAUCCAAUGUUAAAAGAGGAUGAAAAUUAUUAUAUUGAUAAAAAUAGAUAUAUGAAAUCAAAUGUUACUAUUGAAUUUAAUAUAUAUGAUACAUAUAAUGAUAAAAUCAUUUUAAAUAAUAAAAAUACAAAUUCUACUAUGAUAGAAUUCCCAUUAUUAUAUAGUCACAAUAUUAUACAGAAAUGCAUACUUACUAUGAAAAAACUUGAAAAGUCAAUUUUUUACAUUAACAAUAAUUUAUUGUUCAGAAAUUUUAUUUCAAAUGAUCAACCUGUUACUGAUCAUGACAAAAGUGUGUAUGAUGUUAUAUUAAAUGAAAAUUGGAUCAAAAUUGAAAUGCAUUUAUGUAAUAUUUAUGGAAUGAAUGAAAAAUGGAUGGGUAUAUCUCCGAAUUCCUUUUCAAGCGACCAAAAAACAAAAUCAUUUUUUUCUGAAUAUUCAUUAGGAUCAUCAAACAAUUUGAUAGGCGCCCCAACUGUAUCUAGAACCGGUCCAGUUGCAUCUAAAACCGGUCCAGUUGCAUCUAAAACCGACCCAGUUGCAUCUAAAACCGGUCCAGUUGCAUCUAAAACCGACCCAGUUGCAUCUCAAACUGACCCAAUUGCAUCUAAAACCGACCCAGUUGCAUCUAAAACCGACCCAGUUGCAAUGGAUCCAAAUUCUAAACCAAAUUUUGAAAAGGAACCAAAUGAAAUGAAUAAAAUAGAUGACGAAAUACAUAAAAAAUUGGAUGGUAUUAUAAAUGAUAACAAAAAAAUGAGCAAUCAAAAUAAAAGUGAAAUCAGCGAAAGACAAAAAGAAAUUCUAAAGAGAAGAGAAGAACAUGAAACUAGAAAAGAGCUAGAAAUAAAAAGUGAAUUUUUAUUGAAAAAAUUAGAAAAUGAAAUGAAAUAUGAUCCAGAUCAUUAUAUGUGGAAAGAUUUAUACCCACAAUUAGAUGAACAUCAUAAAAAAAGAACCGAUAAAUAUUUUGAUGAUUUAAAAAAAGAAAUGAGUGAAAAUAAAUAUAGUAGAGGAUAUACUGAUAAUAUUAAAAAAAAACAAACCUUAAAAGGAUAUAAUUUAGGUGAAGAAAUUGAAGGAAUAACUAAAUAUUAUUUUUGGAAAGAAAAUAUUCACAGUUUUUCUUUAUAUUUUUUAUUACAUCUAUAUGUAAAAAAAACAGAUAUUCUUAUUGAUAUAGAUAAUCAUUUUUUUUCCCUUUCAAUUUGUGGGCAUACUAUAAUUAAAGAUAUGUUUAACCACCCAAUCAAUUCCUCUGAUUCUGUAUGGACUCUAACUGACAAUGAUCAGGCAGCUAUCAUUCCCAAAAAUGGAAACAAUAAUAAUAGCAAUAAUAAUAGCAAUAACAAUAGUAAGGAUUUGCCAGUAUAUGAAAUCACUUAUAUUGAUGAACAAGAUAUUAAAAAAAUUAUAAAAAAAAAAUAUUGUCUUAUUUACAACAUUUACAAAGAUAACAAUCAUAAAUACAUGUGGGGAUCUAUAUUUAAAACAUCGUAA